ACUUCCUUCUUGCACCGAAGACAGCAUAAACAACCACCGCAAGCCCGCAACAACACCAACGACCCAUUUUUAAACAAAAAUGGAUUUAGAGAACCAACACCAUCCGUGAAUAGUGCCCAACCAAACAACCAUGAACCCGGUUGUGAGCCACGAACAGAGAAGGUAAUUGAAUCACUUGCAUGCGGCACGUAAGGGACUCCGAAUGGCAUGAGAGGUGAAGCAGAUGGUAAAGGACCACACUCGAGGUUACUAAGUUUGGAUUUGAACACAUAGUGGUGGCUUGUCAGUUGAAACGGCCACAAGAAAAAUUACUGUUAUAAAAAAUUGAAUUGGCAAACAACUGUGAACAAUUAUAUGUUACUUCUUUCAUAAUUAAAAUAUAUUAUUAUUGUUAAAAAAUUAAGUGACUUUUUUGAUAUGCUAUUAUGUGUGUUUCUAGAUAAUUUUUUUUGUGUAAACUUGUUUUGACUUCCAAUUUUAUUCAAAAUAAUUUUAGUUUCGAUUUAACACUGAAAUUCAUAAAAAAAAAAAAACAUAGAAUCAUAGACAGAUGAGUUAACGGAAGAAGGAGUAUUUGAUUUACAUUUUACAAUUUCAAAAAUAUUUGACGAAUUUUAAAAUUCAGGGGAGUAUUUGAUAUUUCAAUCCUUACUUAUUUGAUUUGAUGACUAAGUGCUUGAAUUGAAGAGAAGAUGGUUGGAGAAGGAAGAAAACUAAAGGCAGUGAUUGCUGGAGGUAGCAUAGCUGGGAUAUCAACUGCACAUGCCCUUAUCUUAGCUGGUUGGGAUGUCCUUAUCCUUGAGAAAACCACCUCACCUCCAACUGGAAGUCCUACUGGUGCAGGUCUUGGACUCAACCCUCUUUCUCAACAAAUCAUUCAAUCUUGGAUUUCAAAACCACCACAAUUCCUACAUAACUCCACUUUUCCACUAACUAUUGAUCAGAACGAAGCAACGGAUAGCGAGAAGAAGGUUAACAGGACAUUGAUAAGAGACGAAAGUUUCAACUUCAGAGCAGCACAUUGGGCUGAUCUUCAUGGUAUUCUCUACAAUGCAUUGCCGGAAGAAGUAUUUUUAUGGGGUCAUCUUUUUAUCUCUUUCCAUGUUGCAAAUGAAAAGGGUUCUGUCAUAAUAAAGGCUAAAGUUCUUCAAACUGGAGAGAUCAUCGAGAUUGUAGGAGAUUUGCUUGUUGCAGCAGAUGGUUGUCUCUCUUCCAUCCGCCAAAAAUAUCUCCCCGAUUUUAAACUAAGAUAUUCAGGCUAUUGUGCUUGGAGAGGGGUUCUUGAUUUUUCAGAAAUUGAGGAUUCCGAAACCAUCACAGGUAUCAAGAAGGCCUAUCCUGAUUUAGGAAAAUGUUUGUACUUUGAUUUGGCCUCAGGUACACAUAGUGUAUUUUAUGAGCUUCUGAAUAAAAAGCUCAAUUGGAUUUGGUAUGUGAAUCAACCAGAGCCUGAAGUGAAGGGAACUUCAGUGACAACGAAAGUAACUAGUGACAUGAUCCAGAAGAUGCACAAAGAAGCAGAAAAAGUAUGGAUUCCCGAGUUAGCAAAGGUCAUGAAAGAAACAAAAGAACCUUUCUUAAAUUUCAUAUAUGAUAGUGAUCCCUUGGAGAAGAUAUUCUAUGACAAUGUAGUAUUUGUAGGUGAUGCAGCUCACCCGACUACACCUCACUGCCUUAGAAGCACAAACAUGUCGUUAUUAGAUGCAUCAGUGUUAGGAAAAUGCAUAGAGAAAUGGGGAGCAGAAAAGCUUGAAUCAGCUUUGGAAGAGUAUCAGUUCAUCAGGCUACCAGUUACUUCCAAGCAAGUUCUUCAUGCGAGGCGUCUCGGUCGCAUCAAACAAGGACUUGUGCUCCCUGAUAGAGAUCCUUUUGAUCCCAUGUCUGCAAGGCAAGAGGAUUGUCAGGAGCUUUUACAAAGGAACACACCUUUUUUCAAUGAUGCUCCUUUGUAAUUUGUUUCGGUUACAUCUUCGAUUUGAUUGCAUGUGUUAGUAGAGUUUUUGCUGUUGAACAAUAGCUUCACCAUCAAUGGAUAUCAAAUGCAGUAAAAAUAACCUUUUGACAGCAUUUGCAGAUGAAUAUCAAAUGAGGAGUUAAUCAGCAUUUUAGUGCUUGAAACUGUAAGCGUCUGUCAAUUUAGUCCCUUAAAUCAAACAUCAAUUUAGUCUUUUUCCAAA